ACAGCAGCGCCGCUGGAUUUGCGCGGAUUUAUUUUAAUUUUUUAUUUUUUUUUUUUUUUUUCCUCCCCUUUUCUCUUCCCACGCAGUAAAUCCCAGCCCUGGCUGCUCCCGGCGCCGCUCGCAGCCCGGCGGGGAGUGGGAGGAAGGGGAUGCUCGGAGGGUUUGGGAGAAUCCGGAGCAUUUCCAGCCAUGAGCUGCUCGGUCUCUGCGUGAGCUGCUGAGGCGGCUCCGGAGCCGCGGCAUUGAUGGAGAGGCGCUGAAAGCACCAACCCCACCAUGGAGCUGCCCAGCACCAAGGACUUCCAGUGGAAGUCCCUGGCGCCGCUGCCCAGCCGCAGGGUUUACUCCACGCUGGUGGAGGCGGGCGGGCAGGUGUUCGCCGUGGGCGGCUGCGACGACAACGGCGUCGCCGUGGAUUCCUUCGAGGUCUACUCGCCCGAGGCCGACCAGUGGGCAGCGCUGCCCGCCAUGCCCACGGCCAGGGCCGGCGUGGCCGUCACCGUGCUGGGCAAGAGGAUCAUGGUGAUCGGCGGCGUGGGCGCCAACCAGCUGCCGCUGAAGGUGGUGGAGAUGUACAACACGGACGAAGGGCGCUGGAGGAAGCGCAGCUCGCUCCGCGAGGCGGCCAUGGGCAUCUCCGUGGCGGCCAAAGACUACAGGGUGUACGCAGCGGGCGGGAUGGGCUCGGACCUGCGGCCCCACAACUUCCUGCAGCACUAUGACGUGCUCAAGGACAUCUGGGUGUCCCUGGCUGCCAUGCCCACCCCCCGCUACGCGGCCACGUCCAUCCUGAGGGGCUCCAAGAUCUACGUGCUGGGGGGAAGGCAAUCCAAGUACGCCGUCAACGCCUUCGAGGUUUUCGACACGGACACGCGCUCCUGGACCAGGUUCCCCAACAUUCCCACCAAGAGAGCCUUCUCCAGCUUCGUGCCCACCGAGGAGAAGCUCUUCAGCCUCGGGGGGCUGCGCCAGGGCCGGCUCUACCGCCAGCCCAAGUUCAUGAGGACCGUGGACGUCUUCGACCUGGAGCAAGGUGGCUGGAUGAAGAUGGAGCGCUCCUGCUACCUGAAGAAAAGGCGAGCAGACUUUGUGGCCGGCUACCUGCGGGGCAGAGUUGUGGUGGCCGGGGGCCUGGGGAAUCAGCCGAGCGUGCUGGAGUCGGCAGAGGCUUUCCACCCCGAGAAGAACAAGUGGGAGAGCCUCCCCCCCAUGCCCACCCCGCGCUGCGCCUGCUCCAGCAUCGUGCUGAGGGACUGCCUGCUGGCCGUGGGGGGCGUCAGCCAGGGGCUCAGCACGGCCGUGGAGGCCCUGUGCCUGUCUGACUCCUGAUUGGGACACACCUGGAGGAGAAUCCCACCUGGAACAGGGCCCUGUGCCUGUCUGACUCCUGAUUGGGAUCUAUCUGAAUGGGGAUCCCACCUGGAACAGGGCCCUGUGCCUGUCUGACUCCUGAUUGGAACCCAUCUGGAGGAGAAACACACCUGGAACAGGGCCCUGUGUCUGUCUGACUCCUGAUUGGGACACACCUGGAGGAGAAACACACCUGGAACAGGGCCCUGUGCCUGUCUGACUCCUGAUUGGGAUCUAUCUGAAUGGGGAUCCCACCUGGAACAGGGCCCUGUGCCUGUCUGACUCCUGACUGGGAUCUAUCUGAAUGGGGAUCCCACCUGGAACAGGGCCCUGUGCCUGUCUGACUCCUGAUUGGGACACACCUGGAGGAGAAACACACCUGGAACAGGGCCCUGUGCCUGUCUGACUCCUGAUUGGGACACACCUGGAGGAGAAACACACCUGGAACAGGGCCCUGUGCCUGAUCUGAGCCCACCUGAGUGGGGAUCCCACCUGGAACAGGGCCCUGUGCCUCUCUGACUCCUGAUUGGGACACACCUGGAGGAGAAUCCCACCUGGAACAGGGCCCUGUGCCUCUCUGACUCCUGAUUGGAACACACCUGAGGGGGGAAUCUCACCUUGGACAGGUCCCUGUGCCUGUCUGAUUCCUGAUCUGAGCACACCUGGAGGAGAAACACACCUGGAACAGGGCCCUGUGCCUCUCUGACUCCUGAUCUGAGCACAUCUUAGGGGGGAUCUCACCUUGGACAGGGCCCUGUGCCUGACUGACUCCUGAUCUGAGCACACCUGGAGGAGAAUCCCACCUGGAACAGGGCCCUGUGCCUGAUCUGAGCCCACCUGAGGGGGGAUCUCACCUGGAAGAGGUUCCUGUGCCUCUCUGACUCCUGAUUGGGACACACCUGGAGGAGAAACACACCUGGAACAGGGCCCUGUGCCUCUCUGACUCCUGAUUGGAAUCUAUCCCUGUUUUUGGCACUCCAGGUGCCAGAGAUGUGCCCUGAGCCCAGUUCGGGUGGCUCAGGCACUCCUGGCUGUGCCUGCAGGGCGAAUUUGAGGAUUUCAGUGGGUUUGGGGUGGUUUGGUUUGGGUUUCUCCCGGAGCUGUGAACAGCAGAUGGCAUCCUUGAGGAUCUCAGCAGUUUGGGUGGUUUGGUUUGGGCUGGGUGAACCCCUGAUCUCCCAGAGCUGUGAACAGCAGAUGGCAUCCCUGGGCCGAGCUGUGGCUGCAGCAGCACCUCCCGCUGUCCCGGGCUGCCCUGCCCGGGUGAAGCUGCACCAGCGCGGCUCUAAAAUCCCAUUUCAGGCGCUGCAAGACCCAACAAAUAACCUGGAUGCUGCGCGUCUCCUCCAGUAUUUUAUUCCCGUAGAAAGACACCCCCGAGGAGCUCAAACAUCCUCCAGGAGCUGGGACAGGGCUGGAUUUGGGUUGAGGAGCUGGGACAGGGCUGGAUUUGGGUCGAGGAGCUGGGACAGGGCUGGAUUUGUGUCCAGGGGCUGGGACAGGGAUGGAUUUGGAUCCAAAAAGUCCCUGAUGCUGCUGCCCAGGAAAUGCCUCCAGGGCUGGGUCCUGCUGGAGCUCGGCAGUGAAUCCCUUGGGAUGAGAGAGCCCCGAGCUCCUUUCCUUGGAUAAAUGUUGGGUUUAUCACCAACCUGGCCCUGUGGGGCUGCAGGAAGCCCUGGAGCUGGGACAGGGCUGGAUUUGGGUCCAGGAGCUGGGACAGGGCUGGAUUUGGGUCCAGGAGCUGGAAAAAAAGAGCUGGAUUUGGGUCCAGGAGCUGGGACAGGGCUGGAUUUGGGUCCGAAGAGUCCCUGAUGCUGCUGCCCAGGAAAUGCCUCCAGGGCUGGGUCCUGCUGCAGCUCUGCAGUGAAUCCCUUGGGAUGAGAGAGCCCCGAGCUCCUUUCCCUGGAUAAAUGUUGGGUUUAUCACCAACCUGGCCCUGUGGGGCUGCAGGAAGCCCUGGAGAUGAGACAGGGCUGGAUUUGGGUCCAGGAGCUGGGACAGGGCUGGAUUUGGGUCCAGGAGCUGGGACAGGGCUGGAUUUGGAUCCAAAGAGUCCCUGAUGCUGCUGCCCAGGAAAUGCCUCCAGGGCUGGGUCCUGCUGGAGCUCGGCAGUGAAUCCCUUGGGAUGAGAGGGUCCCAGAGCUCCUUUCCUUGGAUAAAUGUUGGGUUUGUCACCAACCUGGCCCUGUGGGGCUGCAGGAAGCCCUGGGCUGGUCCCUCUGUCCCCAGGACCCUCCGUGCCCCCUCAUUUAUCCCAACCCAGCCGAGCAUUUGGAGUUUUCCAGUGACAAAAAAAAUCCCGGCCGUGUCCUCGGCUGAACUCUCCACACUCGGAGUUCUGAGAGGAUUUUCAGCCCCGGUGGCUGCUCCAGCACAGAGGCUGAGGGCUGAGCUGGCCCUGCUGCCAAAAAUCCUCAUUUAUCGUCCCCGAGCAGACUCUGUCUGCACAAACAGGAAACUUCCUCAAGGAGCAGCUUCCAAAGGAUGGGGUGGAGCAGAAACGAUUCCUGCACCUUGCCGUGGGCUCAGGACACGCUGCUGGGCUGGUCCUGGCUGGUGGGGACAAUAUUUUUGGGGUUAGUGCUGCUUUUUGGGGUCAGUGCUGCUUUUUGGGGUCAGUUUGUGGUGGCAGUUCCCAAAAGGAGCCCCAUGUGGGGUUGUGUGAGUGCUGCUCCAGCUGCAGCUGGGAAUUCCGCUCUGGAGAGCUGGGAAUUGAGCUCUGGGAUCACUCUGUCACUGCCAUCCUCAUCCCUGGGAUGUCCCCAACCCUGUGGGGACACCAGCAGUGAGGUCACCCCCAGCUGUUCCCAUUCCUGGGGAAUCUGCCGGUGCUGGAGCGGAUGUGGAGUCACCAUCCUGAGAGACAGACGCUUCCUGGUCGGAAAAUAAAAGCUCCAGCUUUUUUUGGUGGGC